CUUGCAUUAUUACUACUAUAAACCAUUGAUUCGGCCCGUACCAAACCUCAUAAUAGCGCCAAGCAUUCGCGCCAUUCGAUCAAUUAUACAAAACCCUUGAAUCCACGAAGAAUUGAAAGAAUCCCAAAGGACCCGAACUGAUUUUCUUUUCUUGGUUAUAUUCACUAGAAAAUCCGUUUUAAAAUAUGGUGAAAGGGAAGCAGUACUGGCUGCUGAAAACGGAACCAGGGGAGUGGUCAUGGGAAGACCAAGCCGCAAACGGAGGUGUAACCAAAUGGGACGGUGUGAAGAACAAGCAAGCCCAGAAACACCUCAAGUCCAUGAAGGUGGGCGAUCUCUGUUUCUUCUACCACUCGGGCGCCACCGCUCGCCGCGUCGUGGGGGUGGUCAGCGUGGUUAAGGAAUGGUACGCAGCGGAGGGCGGAGAUAAAAACAGCGAGGUGGUGGUGGAUGUGAAGGCGGUGGGGGAGAUGAGGAGGCGAGUGGACUUAAAGGACAUGAAACAGGAUGGGGAGUUGAAAGGGUUUGUCAUGUUUAGGCAGCCGAGGCUGUCGGUUUUGCCGGUGCCGGAGAAGGUUUGGGAGAAGAUUUGUGAAUUGGGUAAUGGGUUCGAAGGGGACGGCAUUGAUAUUGGCGACGAUUAAGAGGUUUCAAGAAUGUAGGUGUUUUGUUUUGUAAAGAGAAGCCCUUCUGUUGGGCUUUUUCUAGAAAUGUAUUUUGUUAAUGAAAAGAAGGGUGCUUAGUAGUAAUGUUUUGUUUAUUGGUGAAGGAAUUAAAGAUGGGAUUCAUGUUUCCCUA